AAGAGCUGGAGGUACGUCUGAAGAACUUCUCUUGCUCAUUUGCAGAUGCAAAAUUCGUUACCUACCUAUUCUCCAAGAAAGAAAUCUUCCAUUACCCGUCCGGUCCCUACCUACCUACCACUUCCCUGUUGCCUCAAUCGUUAUCUCAGAUUCGACUAUACCGUGGUUGGGACUUGCAACCGCGUCUUGCACUAAUAUAAAUAGAUAUCUUUUGCUAACACUACGCAUAUGCAAGCUUGUCUCUGCUUUUCCCAACUAUACCCGUCUUUUUCUUAAAGUCUCUCUAGAGCUUCGCUUGCCCGCUUAGCUAGACUACGACACUUUGCCUGAUGACUCAUAUUUAAGACAAGAUAGUAGCACGAAUACUGUCGCCCACUACCCCUCCAGCGUCGUCAUCGGCCGAUCGUAUAGCCCUUCCACCGCCACUAUUGUCGUUGCUAUUAUUAUUGCUGUCGCCGCUGUAGCUGUAGCUGUCGCUCCCGCUUCCCACCCCGCGCCGCCAUGGUUGCGCAGCCGAUCAAUGGGGGUAUGGGGAUGGACGGCCGGGGCGUUCUCGCCAUAGCCGAUGGGACUCGAGACCUCGAGGUCCUGCCCAAAAUACAACAAGCCCUCGACGUCGUCUACAGCCCGUACUCGUCCAACGACCAGCGCAAGGACGCCCAGUCCUUUCUCGAGUCGGUCAAAGAUACCUCGGAGGCACCCACACACGGCUUUCGUCUAGCCUCUGACAAGAGUCAACCCCCGGUGGUCAGACACUAUGCACUUUCUCUGCUCGAGCAUGCUAUCAAACAUAAAUGGGGAGGCUACGCCCCGCAAGAGGCCGAGGCUUUGCGUAACUGGGUGCUAAGGCUGUCGCGUGAUGUUGUGAAGGCAGACCCGGUUUAUUUGAGGAACAAGAUAGCUCAGUUAUGGGUCGAGGUCGCCAAGAGGAGUUGGGGAGCGGAGUGGAUGGACAUGGACUCCCUUCUUGUUCAGCUAUGGCAAGUACCCGAUUCUGCCGUGCAUAAGGAGUUCGUGCUGGCGGUUCUAGAGGACUUGUCGGACGAAAUCUUCAAUGGCGAUGACAUGGUUGUUCAGGUUCGCGAGAGGACCCUUAGUAAGGCCUCUGUUGAGAUCUUUACGCCUGUCGCAGUCUUACUGGAGGCUUUUCCGCACCGCGAAGCGGGACCUGACGUGCGCUCUGGAGAGGAGGGUUGGCUGGCACGAAUAGUCGACCUACUGCGCCAGUGCUUGUCUGGGGACGUCCAGAAUAACGAAGACUUGCGUAGUUGCGCUAUUCGCGGCUUCGCUGUCAUGUAUACGUUGAUGCCAUGGGUCAUCCCAAAGUCGGUUGCUAUGACGGGAGCUAUAUUUGUCAUUUGUGAAGGCCUGCGCGCCACUCACAUCGAAGUUCAGAAGGCCUCUCUAGAAGCUUUACACGCUCUAUACUCUCGUACUAGUUUUAACGAUGAAGAGUUUUCGGAACUAGUAGUUCCAUUAUUCGAUACUCAAUACGUAACACUUUUCAGACAAUUAUUUGAGUGGUCUAUCGUCGAUCCAGACGACCUAGAUGAUGACAAGUACCAGCUAUCCAAAAAACUCUCCGAGUUGAUAUCAUACCUGGGCAAUUACUUGGAACGACGAUUUUCGGCAUUACCCACAGACCCGUCAAAAGUUGACUUGAUGGGAUUUUUGCAGCUACUUGUUCUCAUUACUCAGAAUCAGAGCUUGGUGGUUUCGAUUCCGGUGCUGGUCACGUGGUGUCGUUUGCUAAACCAUCAUGGUUUGGGACCGAACAUCGCGGCCACGGCUGCAGUGAUCGGUCCCUUGCUGGAAGUCUGUAGCAGCAGGCUAAUUCGAUACGAGAGUCUUCCUGAAGAUAGCGAAGACCCAACUAUUCGCUUUUUAUUUGAAGAUACUGAUACUUUCCCUGAAAGGCACCUUUUCUUAGGCAACUACCGCCGUUAUGCUUCACAAGUCAUUGAGACUAUCGUCUACCUGAAGGUAUCUGACGCAAUGCAACAUAUACUUGGACAGACUGAGAAUGUCUUAGCCCAUCUCUAUGACAAUUCCCCGCCCCUUGACAUGGCAAACUAUUCAAAAGUAUCCCAGCCUGUGCUGCAGGUCGAUGCGCGGGCAACGGUUAUCGAAGCAGCCCUCAAAGGUUAUAGCAAAUGGCGGGCUGGGAUCGGGCGUGAUGGUAAACAAGAAACCCAGACGCUUAGCACCCUUGAAAGCAGCUUAGAAACAUGGUGUAAUCGGCUCUUAGGGAUGAAAUUUGAGGAUCCUCUCAUAAGAAAGAGAAUUUUGCAGCUUCUUGUGGCGUUUUCCACCUCCGUCCUCGAUAAGAACCCGGCAUUUAUGCUUAAAGUCCUUGAGCAUAUACUUGUUACCUGGCCCGCUACUCACCCUGAGUACAAGCUAUAUAGCGAUGCAAUCAAAGAUCUCCAAGGAGAAAGUAUGGUCGAGCUUCAGAGACUCGCGGCUAAGAUGCCUGAUCACCUACUGGAUGUAUAUGAUCAAAUCGCAGCGAAGGUCAAUGAAAUGGUUGCGUCUGGUACAUUGGAUGAAAAGCGCCAAAUUACAUAUCAGACCUUCCUCUUUACUAUCAUCCACCGGUCCCGUCGUCUAGAUCAGAAUACCAAGGUUCAAAAACUGCAGGGAUUUCUUAACCCCAUAAGGACACAAUGGCAAGAUUCCCAAUUAAAACAAGGUCUAAGUUCCCACGCCAGCUUUUUUGAGCUCAUGGGGCUAGACAAGGCUCAAGGGUACAUAGUUCACAAAGGAAUGCACAAUAUCCAAGAUUGGGGAUCUGUGGAGCUCGAUGAGGAGGGUAAGGCAUUGCAGGCUGAGCUUGAAGCAAGACAAACCAGUAUACCCUUGCGCUUAACGAAAUCGUUCCUCACUUGCUCUGUCGAUAAAAUUGAAAGAGGCCAAGAACCCUUUCAAGUGUCGUCUCUUUUAUGGCAGGAUUACUUCCCCAUCAUCUUACCGGAACUCCUCAAAUUUCUCAGUUAUGCCCAUGCCUCACAUUCUCCAAAUAAUUGGACCGUUCUCCCACCGGAGAUGAGAACUAUGGUCGGUCGGAUACUUACGGAUCGCUUCUGGCAAUCUGGUAUAUCUGAAGGCAGCAAGGAUGAAUUCUACGCUCGCGUGCUAGAAAAGAAGCAUACUUUCGAGGGAUUAGCUUCAACUAUUCGCGGAUCCAUUCGAUUUGUUCGGGAAUCCUGCUAUGCAAUCAUCUACUGUAUGACACGACUUGAGACCCAGUUCUAUGGGUUCAGCGAACUCCCAGGGCCAUUAGCUCAUGCCCUUCUGGCUGAGACUUCUAGCUUAUCAGCGCAUCAACUCAUCAACCUUCUGAACUUGGUUAGAUUCCUGGUUGAUAAUUGCCCGGUUCCCUUACGAGAUCACUUUCUACCCCCUAUACUGGAAGCAUGUUUUCGGCAGAUGGAUGCUAGGGUGCAUGGUGAAUGGACAAAACUCGGCGAGCAACAAACUAUCAAGUCUGCAGGAGAUGACUUGACAGAGGAGAUGAAGAACGAAAGCAUACUCAGGCAGCUUACCUACACAUCCGUAAUGCUCGUAGCGGAUUUUCUGGAUCCUGCUCGUAAGAAUCUCACCAAGGACCAAGAUGGUUCUAGUGAAGACUUGCGGAAAUGUCCUUCGUUAAGAAAUUUCUGCCUGAUGCACUCCUCCAUCGUAGAGCCUCUCCUCUUCUUCUGUACCCGUGUGAUCGGGGUGAAGGAUACAAGAUGCUGUAGCAUCAUGCUGCGGGUUUUGAAAACUGUGGUCCCAGAAUUUGAGACUGUGGUAGUCGACGCAAACACGCUGAUGAAGAGCCCCGAGGCCAAGAGUCUCGAUAAUGCAUGGAUCCCUGCCGAGACGGCAUCGGUCAUUCGCGAAUAUAUAUCAAGAGACGUGAUAAUGGCUUGUGUCACGUCGCUCCACGAACCUUACUUUGUCGAGCAGCAGAAGGAGCUAGCAGCUCUCAUUGCUACGAUCGUCGUCUCCUAUAGGUACCACAGCACAACCGCGCGGGACAUACUCGUGUCCCUACCGAAUAUGAAAGCCGAGGACGUGGACAAGGGCAUUGAGUUCAUGGUUAAGGGCGCUACCAGCUUCCGCGGUCAAAGAGCAGUGAUUCUGGAAUUGCUACGUGACCUCAAGGGCGUGAGUGUCUCAGAAAUGGGGAAGUUGUCCAAGAGCAUCGGACUGCCAUCGUCACAGCGUUCUUCGAGGAAGCCAACGCGUAGCAUGAUGGCGCAGAAAUUCAUGACGGCACCAGAGUCCAUGAACGAUGGAACAGAAGGUGCAAACGCAGAUGCGGACAACACCAAUGGACUAGAUGGGAUCGCUGGGUUAUUCCAAAUGUAGUUGACUUGAAUGACAGCCCAGCUGCCCUUAGGGCUGCGGCACCCAAGUUCAUUGCUGUAAUAGCCUGCCCAAACCGCUCUGGUUUUAUCGCGACUUGGACAACUAAUCCACUAGGUGUCACGGCUGCGUAGCUAUAGUAGUUAAGCGAUGUGUGUUUUUAUUUACUUAACUAUGCAAUACCCCUUACCUGAGCAUGACAUGACAGUUGGAUUUUCAAGUUGUCACUAGAUGGGCUUGUACCUGUAGCACCAAUACAAAUAAGUUUAGCUAGCUAGUAUAGUCGCCGUCCAUUAGUCCUCAGACUGAAUGAUUAAUGAAUACAAAACUAAAACUAGACGGGUAUAUUUGAACCUUCCGAGAUAUGCUUUCCUUUCUAGUGAAGCUAAUAGCUCUGAAUUCAUAGGUAUCUCUUAUAUCGCUUACAUUGAAAGCCCGACUUUCUACUUAUACCUCCGGAGUCUCGCAAUGGAGCGAAUGACAACAGAGUAUAUCUACCUCACUAGGUAUGGGGCAUAACCCUAACUACAUACAUGUAUCGUAUGUAUCUUCAUCAAGUACCUCAGUAGUACAGUAGUGCAGUAGUGACGGUAUCAGCAUCUAUCUACCUAUGUCGAAGAGACACGAGGG